CAAGGGGCGCUCCCAGUGAUUCUCUUGUCUUCAGAACAGAAGCCGGCGUUCGGACUCUAAAUUCGCUUCAACUCGUAUAAACACCGACAAAUGGCGUCCGUCCAGCGAGUCUUUGGAAACAGCUGAUUUCCCUUGCCGCGUUUCGUUUGCAGGGGCAUUCAAGUACCAUCACCUCGUAACGCAAACACGCGUACUUUUGGUGUUACAUCGGGUAUGCCAGUGUGCAAUGGUUGCAAGGCUGUGAAAUAAGACGUCACCUAGUCGUGGAGGAACCGGUGGCUAAUUAUCUUCAAAGGACUACACCGCCCGACCUCAUGACCACCGCCAGGUACCGGCCCACCUGGGACCUGGCACUGGACCCCCUGCUGUCCUGUAAGCUGUGCCUUGGAGAAUUUCCUUUGGAGCAAAUGACCACCAUCACACAGUGCCAAUGUGUAUUCUGUACUCUGUGCCUGAAACAGUAUGUGGAAUUGCUGAUCAAAGAGGGUCUUGAAACCGCUAUUACCUGCCCUGACUCUGCCUGUCCCAAACAGGGACACUUACUGGAAAAUGAGAUCGAGCUGAUGGUGGCUGCGGAGAUCAUGCAGAGAUACAGGAAGCUGCAGUUUGAGAAAGAAGUGCUGCUGGACCCGUGCAGGACGUGGUGCCCGUCUUCGUCGUGCCAGGCUGUGUGCCAGCUUAAGGAGGAGGAUCCCACUGGGGCCCAGUCGGUACAGUGCUCCGUCUGCAGCCUGGAGUUCUGCUCCUCCUGCAGGGCGGGUUGGCACCCGGGCCAAAGCUGCCAGGAGACCCCGCCCAGCAGCUCCUUCCUGGCUGCGGAGAGCAGCUUGUUCUACAAGGGCGACGAGGACGACGUUCCAAUCAAGCGCUGCCCCAAGUGCAAGGUUUACAUCGAGCGAGACGAGGGCUGCGCCCAAAUGAUGUGCAAGAACUGCAAGCACGCUUUCUGCUGGUACUGCCUGGAGUCCCUGGACGACGACUUCCUCUUGAUUCAUUAUGACAAAGGGCCCUGCCGUAACAAACUGGGACACUCCAGAGCCUCGGUUAUCUGGCACAGAACGCAGGUGGUUGGCAUUUUCGCCGGGUUUGGUCUCCUCCUCCUGGUUGCCUCCCCCUUACUCCUCCUGGCCACUCCCUUCGUCCUGUGCUGCAAGUGCAAGUGCAGCAAAGGAGACGACGACCCCCUACCCACUUAAGGGAACCCAAGAAGAAGAAGAUGAAGAAGGAGGAAAGACUCGCUGGUUACCAAUGGGCCAACUCCCCCUUAGCUCUCAUUUACUUUUUCCUUGCGCGUGCGGAGAAAGCUUUCAUUUCGGCAAGUCAGGGUCUCUUUUGGAAAGCCGUACGGUUGGUCACCUGGCCUCUCGAUGUUGUAAGGGCUGAGCUUCGACUGAGGGCGCUGAUAGCAGGCCGAGACCUGACAUGUUGCUUGGUCUGGGUGGGAGGCAUGGCCUCAGCCUUUAUAGCGUGUUGUAGCGCCAGUCAGCUGCUGCAUUUCGGUUGAAAGUGCGGAUUACUCUGUGGUCAGGGGAGCAUUACAAGGGAUUUUUCUGAACGUACUUUUCUAAAUCGGGCGUCUUGAAUUCUGUAGAGGCUAAGCGCAAUCUAAUUUCUUUAUGGGUCUUUCUCUACAUUACCUCAUAACAUUUUUCCAGUGUGUAUAUAUUUGGGGGUGACACAAAUUUAGUACUCCUGUGAGAUGAGCACACUGCCCCUGGUGGUCAUGUCUGGUAUGUGUGCCUGCAUUCCUGUCCCUGUUGGAUUGUGUUUUUGUUUAGGAAGCAAUAUUUUUGAUUUGUGCUUCUUGACAAUGCACAUUCGUCAUAAUCCUCAGAAGAAUGUGUUAAAUUGUGUUUUUCAUGUCUUUGUCAAGUUCUGCUAUUGACUUUAUUCCUUAAAGUUAUUCCUACAUCUCUAUUCAUGCUAAAUAUUCAAAUCACAUCCUGUCAAAAAUAAUUUUGCAUUUUCUCUUAUUGCUAAUUUUGUAAAAUACAUUUUGCUUUGCAAGUCUCAUGUCCCUCUGAUGUGAAAUAAAAAAGUGAAAGUGA